CCUUUUCCCCGAUCAAGACACGGAGCAAAAGCAGGGGAAAGAGAGGUCUCCUCCUCCCGCAGUAGUCCGUCAUCGGAGCCCUCACCAAAACCUCAAUUGAAAUCUUAGAUUCGCCCGCGAAGGCGAUGCAGCACGGCAGCAGAGAAGUGCGAGGAGGUAUGGCAGCCUCCGCCUCCGCGCAGAUGGCUCUCCACGACGACCACGGCUCGCAGCAGAUCCAAAACCCCGGCUUGCACGAUGACUUCUUCGAUCAGAUGCUGUCGGGCCUCCCCUCCGCUUGGACCGACCUCGGGAACCCCAAGUCCCCCUGGGACGCCUCCGCUGCGCAGAAGCUCUUCCGGAUCGACCUCGCCGGGAAGCAGCCGGACGAGUCGCAGCCGGAGGCCGCCGCGGAGGGGCUGCGCUACGCUUCUUACGAGGAGGCGACGAUGCUGGCGUCUCGGCUCUCGCAGAGCCAGGGUAGCGGCGGGAGCUCGCCGACGGGGGAGGCGAUGAUGCUCCAGCUUAACAACCACCACAUCCUCCCGGCGGUGGGGCGGUCACAGACGGCCGUCGGGGGCGGUGUCGGAGAAUCGGGCCUUCUUCCCCUGCCUCUGACUCUCGGCAGCGGCGGUGCGGCGGAUCCUCGCAUCAUCGUGGAAACACCUCGAGACGAAAUGGACCGUCCUUACAAAUCCCCAGAUCACAACGGGGGCGAAGAGCUCUACAACGGGCUCGGGGGAUCGAUUCGCGCGGCUCAAGCGGCAACCGGGCAGCACUUCCAUCAUCCCCAGCAGGGCGCAUCAAUGUCAUCGCAGAGCUACGGCGGAGCAGCGGCGUCGGCUGGAGUUGGGCAGGGCCCGGCGGCAUCGGCGUCGUCCGGCGGUGGCACACCGCCGCAGAAGCAGAAGGUGAGGGCGCGGAGAGGGCAAGCCACGGAUCCCCACAGCAUCGCCGAAAGACUUCGCAGGGAGAGGAUCGCAGAGAGGAUGAAGGCACUGCAAGAAUUGGUGCCCAACGCUAAUAAGACGGAUAAGGCUUCGAUGCUGGAUGAGAUCAUCGACUACGUUAAAUUUCUGCAGCUCCAAGUCAAAGUUCUGAGCAUGAGCCGGUUAGGCGGAGCAGCGGCGGUCGCCCCUCUCGUGGCUGAUAUAUCCACUGAGGGUCCGGGAGGACGUGCAGGAGCCAACGGCGCGGCGGCUGGUAACAACGACAGCCUGACGGUGACGGAGCACCGGGUGGCGAAGAUGAUGGAGGAGGACAUGGGCUCGGCGAUGCAGUACCUCCAGGGCAAGGGCCUCUGCCUCAUGCCCAUCUCCCUCGCCUCCGCCAUCUCAUCCGCCGCCUGCCGCCCAUCCGCCGGUGGCCUGGUCCCGGCCCCACCUCCUGCCACCACCAGCGCCGCGGCCGCCGCCGAGUCCCCGUCGUCGCCCAGCGCGUCGGCGCUGACGGUGCAAUCCGCCGCGGCCGACACGACCGCUCCGAAGCGGUGACGAAGUCUUUUGCUUUUGACGUGGAAAUGCGUCGAGCGAACAGUCUAAUAAAGUAGUAAAUCCCACAAGCUUUCUGCUAUUAUGCUCAUCUUUUAUAUCGUGUGCAUCAGCUGCUUUCGCCCUUUUGUUGUUUCCUCCAUCGUAUCGAGUCCAGUUUUCAGAUCAAUAAAAUGUGUCCUUCCAAA